GAGAUGUGGGCUGGCCCUGUGCUAUCCAAGGCUUUCCUCCUCCUCUGAUUCACCUCAGCUGCGGCUGUCGGUCUGUCGGAGCUCAGACUGAGCCUUUCAGCGAGAGUGGAUCACAGACAUGAGCCUGUGUGUCGGGUAACAGUCUCUGGCUUUACACAAAUAUCAGGACUAAUCUCGGAUGAAUCCACUUGCUUCUGAAUGGAGGAUGUAUUCCUGAAACGUGUUAUUUCGGAGCGCGUUUCGUUAUUGCAAGAGUGAUGAAUGAAAAUCAGAGGAAAACACCAGAAAACAAAACCCGACCUCGCCAUGGAUGUGUGAGUGCAGUGAUGCUAUGGAAAAAGCUGUGACUGUAUAAAGUCAGAACAAAUACAACCGAAACAGCGACAAGUUCUGCAGAACACAGCAUUUUACCUUUUACGGAUCAGAUGCUACAGCAGCUGUUAGUUUGCUGAACAAAUUGAUCCUGAGCACUGAGCAGAACCCCUGCACACAGAUCGGAGGAUGAUCCCCGGGGCCCCCAGCACGACCACCACCAUGCUCCCCGCCUCGGAGGCUGCCAAAAUCUACCAGACCAACUACGUCCGGAACUCCCGCGCCAUCGGCGUCCUCUGGGCCAUUUUCACCAUCCUCUUCGCCAUCGUCAACGUGGUGUGCUUCAUCCAGCCGUACUGGAUCGGAGACGGCAUGGACACCCCGCAGCCGGGAUACUUCGGGCUGUUCCACUAUUGCAUCGGAAACGGGCUGUCCCGGGACUUGACCUGUAAGGGCAGCUUCACAGAGUUCAGCAGCAUCCCGUCCGGUGCGUUCAAGGCCGCUUCCUUCUUCAUCGCCAUGUCCAUGGUGCUGGUGCUCUCCUGCAUCGGCUGCUUCACGCUCUUCUUCUUCUGCAGCACCGGCACCGUGUACAAGAUCUGCGGCUGGAUGCAGCUGGCUGCAGGAACAUGUCUGGUUCUGGGCUGCAUGAUCUACCCUGACGGCUGGGACAGCGACGAGGUGAAGCGGAUGUGCGGCGAGCAGACGGACAAGUACACACUGGGGGCCUGCUCGGUGCGCUGGGCCUACAUCCUGGCCAUCAUGGGCAUCAUGGACGCCCUCAUCCUCUCCUUCCUGGCCUUCGUCCUGGGGAACCGCCAGGACGGUCUGUCUGAGGAGCUGCUGGGAGAAAAGAGCGGCAAUAACGCCAUUUAACACCUGGUGAUGAUCAAGCACACAGAGGUCUUGUUACCUAUACGUGAUGAUACUUCAGGAUCCAGCUGCCCUCUCCUGGUCCAACCUGUGGCUGGGAAGCAAAGCUGAUGUAUGGGGAAAGAACAGGUCAACGGUCAGGUCUGUCUGGAAGAGCCCACAUCACUUUUGUGGAGACUAGGAUGCUGGCUGUCUUCUCUGAAAGCCCCCCCCCCUGUAAAAUAACCUUUUCAUUCAUCUCAAACUGCUCCUUUUUUGCAGGAUGAAUUCAUAAAAGACCUUUUUAAAGACUACCUGUGUUGGUACGUCGCUGCAUUAUCUUACCCGGGCUGUUCAGACUGAAUGUUUGUCCGUGUGGAUGAGAGGAAAGCUGGUAGUGAAUGGGUUCAGCUGGAGAAAAAAAUAUUUCAAAGGACAUAUCAGCUCUAGGCCACACACUACUGAGCAACAGCUGCUCAAGUAAAUACAAAUCACAAGAAAUUAUCCAGUCUUUGACGGACACAAAUAAGGACUUAUCAGACUUGAGGUCAGAUGUUUCUUUCUAACAAGACAACAACAUUUCUCCCUGACCUCGACACGGUUUGACCUUUGAGAGCAGAGUGAGGACUGAAGAAGAUGGACUUGAUAAACGGAACAGAAACAACAUUACUGCUUUGUUAAAAAUAAAUGUUUGAUGUGAUCAAUUAAAUGGUAGUAAUUGAAAGUGUUGCUAGUGACAACUUUGCAAAAUGGAUACUAAGUAGAAGUCUAUACUCUGUGUGUAUGUUGACUGUCCCUGUACAUCAUUAUCUUGAUUUGAAAUGUACACUUUGAAUUGUCAAGCUAUUGGUCCAUUAUUAAUGUGUGCCAUACAGUAUCUUGUGAUUUGACAGUAUUGUGGAGUACUACCAGGGCUGAUCUGAACAUAAACUGAAGCUGGAUACGG